AUUGAUUAAAUGAUCUCUGUUAAAGUCAAAAAAUAAUCAAAAUUGACGUGUAUGACUUUUACUAACCCAAAUACAAGAAAGUGGUUUGUGGACAGUAUAUAUCACUAUCACAUUUCACAAACCACACCAAACCCAAUACACUUGCCAAAGAAAAAACAUAAAGAAAUCUCUCAAACACUACAAAACUAAUUCACAUAUUCAAUUCCUUCAUUUCUUUUUCUUUGCACCAGAAGACCAACUCGAAAGAUCAAGAAGCUAGAAGGGUUCAUCAAUGGAGGGUCUCCUUCCUCUUGUCUAUAAAGCAAUAAAGAGGAACAGAACUCGGCGGCAAUACGAGUGUCUUUCUUCAGGGGCUGCUUUUGCUUAUAACCCUGCGGACUUUUACAUCAGUGAUGCAGAAACAACAUAUACGAAACCAUCUUCAAUUAUUAUGGAGAAGAAUAAUGCAGGGACAGGGAGAUCAAAACUCCACAGGAGAUCAUAUAGUUCUGUUGAGGAUUUAUCGGUUACCGGAAGUAGUCGGAGAAGAACAGCCGGUGCUUCUCCUCCACGAAAACAGCUUGUAAGAUUCAGGAGUCAAAGAAUGUUUUCUUGUGUUACAGGCUGCUAAAAAAAUUAAUGUUUGUAAAACCCUUUUUCUUUCUUUCGUUCUUUUUGGGCUCUCUUAAUUAUGUUGUUCUUGUUUCUUGAUUUUCAUCUCUGUUAAGUUGUGUAUAAUUUGAGGUCAAAUUGGUAGCUGGGUUUUUAGGCUCUUUAAGGAUUUACCAAAAAUAAUAAUAAUUAUGAACUCAAGCACAAGUUUAACAUACCUUGCUUUCUUGAUGUUCAAUCUCAAACAUGCAAAUCAAAAGAAUGUUCCAUA